AUGCCUGCCGAGCGUCGUUCAUUCACUGCGGCCAGACCGGUCAAGACAGAGCGCACUCACGAAGAAAACCAGGAGCGUGCUUACAUCGCUGCCUCGCGACGCAGUGACCGUAGUCUGGAAGCACGCAUUGAGUCUGCCAGAAGAGCAUCUGAGAUUCACAAGAAGCGCACUGGCCGCGCUCUACGUGUCACUGAGCAGGAUGUCAUUAAUGAGGAGAUGUAUGAGGAAGAAGACGAUGAUCUGCCAACCCAAUAUCAAAGGCUAAACGCGCAUCUGCACACGACGUCUGUCAUGUUCAACAAGAAGUUGCACGACUACAUUGCAACUCAGCAUGGCGUCAGAAACAUGUUCAUGUCGCAGUAUCAGAACCAGCAGUUCUCGCAGCUCGGAGGCCAAUACCCACCUCCGAACAAUGGCUCGCUUCCUCAGACGAACAACUGGUUAAACCCUACUACGAUGCCGCCUCAGCAGUUCAACCAACAGCCAACCAACAACAACACCAACCAGCAGCCGCAGCCUUCGCACGUUAACACGUCUGUCCGUUCAUCGCCAUAUCACAUUCCACAGCGACCCCAGCCUCACCAGCGCUCCGCAUCCAUCGCUGUUCCGGCUUUCGAUUCUUCCAUGCAGCAAGGUACUGUCACGCCUCAGGAUGCCCGUAGGAUGUCGCUGCCAGCUCAAGCUGGUGUUGAUGGACAGUCGCGGCCUGCCUUGUCGCGCGGGUCUUCUUUUCAACCUACCUCGCCCACCACUGACACUUCUGCUUCACCUCGGUCUGGGUCAGGUCAACACACCCCGCAUUUGCAAGUAGACACCGACACACCUGCUUCCGCUCCUUUUGGCGCUAUGAACUUCCCCAUGGGCUCGCAGAUGCUCGGCGGUCCCAAUCCCUUGUCCAUGUCACUCCCUCCUGAGUCACAGCAGUUUGUUGGUUCGAUCCUCGACCCUACCGAUCCUCGCACCGCCAUGUUUAUGAGUGGCAGUGAGCACCUUGCACAGCCAUUCACGCCAACAUACACCUACAACCCCAACUACUCACCCAAGGCUCUAAAGUCGGGUGGCUCAAUGACACUCAGCAUGCCGCAGUCUGCUAUCAAGUCUGAGGCCGGCACUGAUUCGUUUGCGCCCAUCUCCUCAGGUCUAUACACCAACGACUCUUUCCUCACUCCAGGGAACGAAGGCUAUAGUGCUUUCUUCGAUUUCCAGUCAUCAGAUUUCGCGCAAUCCACCGACGAGCAAAACAACAACGAACAGCUUGUUGAUGGUUCAAGCUUUGUCAACUGGGACUAA